GUAAAAAAUAUCUUUGUUCAAACUAUUUUCUAACGAUUCAUUAUCAAUUUCCGUAGGCCGAUUUCACUACUUACAUAACAAGUUAAGUUCUGAGUGCGUAGUGUAUGCAUAUAUACGUUUGUAUAUAUGUGUGUGAUGAAGUCAAUUACCGGUUAUCUUUUCUGAUAUGUGAAGUAUGUAAAUCCCCAUAUGUGAUUUUACUUAUCAUUGGAAAUUAUCUUUAUCGAUAAAAAAUGUAUGAUUAAUGUGCAUAAUAUGUACAUUUAAAAAAUAUCUGUACAUAUAUAGAAGCACACAUGGAAAAUUUAGAAAAAAUAAAAACUAUUUGGAGAAUUGCUGAUGCAAUAACUUUCGACGUAGAUUCUACUGUCAUCAAAGAUGAGGGCAUAGAUGAACUUGCCAAAUUUUGUGGCAAAGGCAAACAAGUUACUGAAUUGACAAAGCAAGCAAUGCAAGGAAAUAUGACAUUUCAACAAUCUCUUUCAGUAAGAUUAGGUAUUAUAAGACCUAGUAUAACACAGAUUAAAGAAUUUAUACAAGUACAUCCUCCACAGCUUACUCCGGGAAUAAAAAAUUUGGUAAAAGCAUUGCAUUCACAUAAAAAGGAAGUAUUUCUUGUUUCUGGAGGAUUCCAUUGUUUAAUACGUUCGGUUGCAGAACAACUUGAUAUACCAUCCAAAAAUAUUUAUGCAAAUAGACUUAAGUUUUAUUUUACAGGAGAUUAUGCGGGUUUUGACGAAAAUGAACUGACAUCAAAAAGUGGUGGUAAAGCUGAAGUUAUUCGUCUUCUGAAAGAAGAAAGAGGAUUUGAAACUAUUGUUCAUGUUGGAGAUGGCGCAACAGAUUUAGAAGCUUCUCCUCCAGCAGAUGCAUUUAUAGGUUUCGGAGGAAAUGUAAUUAGAGAAAGUGUUAAAUUAAAUUCAAAAUGGUUUGUUACAACUUUUGAUGAACUUAUAAAUAAUUUGUAACUUUAGAUAGGAUAAUAAUAAUUUGUACAAAUUUAAUGCAAUUAAAUUAUUUUUAUGAAUUAUA